ACCCCGGGCGCCUAGUCGCGUAGUGGUCCGAGGGGCGCCCCGAGGAGCGGAAAAACAAAUGGAAGCCCUGCCUGAUGCAGCUGUUUUGGCGACUAGACUUAAAAACACUCUUAUCCAGUACCACAACCUUGAAGAUGAAAAGUGGCGAGUUGCUAAGAAGACGAAAGAUGUAACAAUUUGGAGGAAACCUUCAGAAGAAUUUAAUGGAUAUCUCUUCAAAGCCCAAGGUGUGAUAGACGAUGUUGUCAAUAGUGUAAUAGACCAUAUCCGCCCAGGUCCCUGUCGCUUGGAUUGGGACAGCUUAAUGACCUCUUUGGAUAUUUUGGAGCACUUUGAAGAGAAUUGCUGUGUGAUGCGUUAUACAACUUCGGGUCAGCUUUGGAAUAUAAUCUCUCCAAGAGAGUUUGUUGACUUCUCCUACACUGUGGGCUAUGAAGAAGGGCUUCUAUCUUGUGGGAAAAGUCUUGACUGGAGUGAAAAGAGAUCAGAAUUUGUUCGUGGAUAUAACCAUCCCUGUGGUUGGUUUUGUGUUCCUCUUAAAGACAGUCCAAGCCGGAGUCUUUUGACAGGCUAUAUUCAGACGGAUCUGCGUGGAAUGAUUCCCCAGUCUGCAGUAGAUACAGCUAUGGCAAGCACUUUAAUUAACUUCUAUGGUGAUUUACAAAAAGCCUUACAAAAGGCAUAAUUUGCUUAAACUCACAGCAGUAGCGCAUUCUCGGGUUCAGCUCCAUCUCCUAGCUGUGUGGCUCAUAGAAAAUCACCCUUCCCUCUCUUCUGCGUAGCCUGUAGAAAAUUUUGAGAUGCUUUUGGUUUAUUUUAUUCAGAAAGUAAAUAGCUAGCUAGAGUGAGCAUCUCAGUUUUCCUAAACAGUUAUUUGCACAUUGUUUGGAAUGGUAGUGUGUCUAGGAAUGGAGAGGAUGACAGAAAUUCACCAAGAAGUAGAUAUAGGUCUUUGACGUAAACUCUCAAGAAAUUGAAUUGUGCCUGAGUAGGAAUAUUUUGGCUGCUUAGAAAUUAGAGAAAGCCAAGCUUCUUGCUGGUAGGUUAAAAUCACCUGUUUUAGAGCUUUAUAAACAUUCUGUAAAAGUUUUAACUUUGGAGAAAGUUAUAUAUUAAUGUUUUACUAUAUGUAUGCUCUGUGAGUUUAACAAUCUUGGACUAAAGAAAUACUACUUUUCUCUAUACUUCCUAAAGAUGAACUGCACUAUUGACUUGAACUACUUUAAAUAUUGAAAAUAUCAGAAAUAAGAAUAGGUAUCCUAAUACAAUGCAAUUCAGUUUUGAUACCUAGAUAACAGUAUUUUGUAGAUACCUUUAAAAAUAUAUUUGUAUCCUUAUGUGCUUUUAUUUUGGGAGUCUUAAAAGCCUUUAUACAU